CGAUGUCCUCCGCGUGGCUCUCCAUCUCCGCAAUCUGCUCGUCCGUGAUGGGCAGUCCCAAAGCCUGAGGAGAAGAGCAACGGAGGCGAGAGAAAUGAAGAUUGAAUUUAACAGCGUGGAGAUCCAUGUGACGUCUUUGUGACAUUAAUUAAUAUGCUGAGUAGACUGGUGCUUUGUUUUCUUGAAUUACAGCAGCCCUUUGAUGGAUGGAAGUAUAAAACAGAUGAACUGAGGAACUCGGUACCACCCCUAAAACCAUUUGCUACUUCAAGCCCUGGGUUGUUAAAGAUGCUGCUGCUCCUGCUGCUGAGCAACAGCGUUCUCUUUUGCCUGAGAUGUGAUGAGACAUCCUGUAAUUGCUGCUACAAAAAUGGACUACGCGGCUACACCGAGGUUGCUCACUCUACUCAAAUAGAUAAAUGAGACAAAGGGGAGCUGACAGAGCAGAGAAGCAGGACUAGAAACAGAAGUAAGGACGGAAAACAUUUGGGUGAAGGGUUAAAAGAUUACAAAAAAGUGUGUGGGGGGGGGGCGGGGGGGGGUUGAAUUUCAGAGGAGAGGCAGGGGUAGACAGAGGAGGGAGACCACAGAGAGCUACGCUGCAGUAGAAUGAGGGUCAAAGAGGAAGAGCACUUGAGCUGCCAGUUUUCCCCACCCUGCCUCGGAUGCAUCGCCACUGAGACCUCCCUCUGAAGAGGCUGCAAGAGGAAUCCACGGUGGAGGCAAGAAGGAGACGGAGGAGGGGGGCUGAGGAGGAGGAAGCCAGAGGUUCUACACACAAGAUGGCUGCUGUGUCCUCUGACACUGUUUCAGCGGGGGAGGCCAGGGGCCGUCUCCCCCCUGAACGCCGGCUGCUGAUCCUCGGGGGUCCAAAAUCUGGUAAGACCUCCUCAGCCAACACCAUCCUGGGAGAAGAGGUUUUUGACGCUGGGACGGAGACUACUCACAGCAACGUGGGUCAGAAGGAGAUCUUCGGCCGUCGAGUCACGGUGGUAGAUACGCCCCCGUGGGUCAUCCCCAGCGAUGCAGAGGACGACACCGAAGCAGACGAUAAUGGAAACACUGGCGCCGAGUCCGAGAGCCUGCCAAGACCCCCGCCAAGCCUGGAUAGUGAGGGACCCUGCAUGGGGGCCAUCCUCUGCCCUCCUGGACCUCACGCGAUCCUGCUGGUGGUGUCUGUCUCGCAGCCUUUCACUGACACUGAGAGGAGAGCCGCGGAGGAGCAGCUGGGGGCCUUGGGGGGUGGAACGUGGAGAUACUCCAUGGUGCUCUUCACUGCGGUGGACAAGUUACAGAAAGGCGUCUUCAUUGAAGAGCACAUCGCAAAUACAGGAGAGGCCCUGCAGUGGCUGGUGGAAAGAUGCGGAAGCAGGUAUCAUGCUUUUGAUAAUAGCUGGAAAGACACGGAGGACAAUACACAGGUACCUGAGCUGAUGGAAAAGGUGGAGGAAAUGAUCACCGACAACCAAGGCUGGUAUUUUGAAGUGAACGAGCUGAUUUUGCUGGAGGAGGAGCAGGCGAGGAGAGCUCUGGAGGAGGAGAGGAUGAGGAUGGAGGAGCACGCUAGACAGAGAGAGCAAAUGAUUGGAGGUCCUCCCAGAGAACUGAGGUUGCUGCUGUUAGGCUGGAAGGGCGUUGGAAAGAGCUCCGUGGGGAACGCCAUCCUGGGCCGUCGGUUCUUUGAGUCCGGCCAGGAGACGGACCUCUGUCUCCGGAGGCAGGCGCUCGUGUCCGGGCGCCGGGUGACCAUAGUCGACACCCCGGGCUGGGACUGGUUCUCCGUGCGGCGUACGCCGAAGCGCAUCCGCCAGGAGUCACAGCGUGGCGCCGCCCUUCUGCGACCUGGACCUCACACGCUGCUGCUGGUUCUCCCUGUGGUCUCCUCCCUCACCGCCAGGAAGAGAAGAACCCUUCUGGCCCACAUUGAGACUCUUUUUGGCGACACCGCCUGCCUCCACACUAUGGUACUGUUCAGCUGCGGGGACUGGCUGGGCCGAACGCCCAUUGAGGAGCACAUACUCAGAGGGGGCCGGGAGCUCCAAAGACUUCUUGAGUACUGUGGAAACUAUUACCACGUCUUGGACAGUAAGACCCCUGGCAAGGACAGGAGCAUCUCAAACCUCCUGGAUAGGAUUGAGGAGAUGAUCAGGGAAAACGGAGACAAGGCCUUCCUCCCUGUGCAGACCGAAUGGUUGAGUGAGGAGAGCUCUUACUCAUCCGACAACACCGAGCCAGAGGACGACUGUCGAGGGUGCCAGCUGCAGUGAUGAAAGUGAAAGCCAAGAGCUCCUGUGUGCGUGUUCUGUUCUUUUGGGUGUCCACUAGGACCAAACCGAACCUCAUCAACCUUUAGCCUCAUCUAGAUAGCCAUUCUGGAUCUUUUAGGAAAUAAUGUUGGACGGCGAUCACUUUUGAGGACUGUUGCAGAGGAAGUGUUUCAUGAAUAUAUUUACCGAAGGAGGUGCCGCGGCAAAGUCCUCGCUGUAACCCUGCAGAAUGUUCCACUGUCAUGAUUUAAAGUUGAAGAGUUGAGUUGAGCGAUGAGGCCACCGAGCACAUCAGAAGUCUAAUCCAUUUCACUCACGAAGGAAUUUGUCCAAGAUGACAUUAUCUGGAGAAGGCAGCUUGUUUUCUUUCAUGUCUGCUAAAUGAUUAACUGGAAGGAAUGCUUCCUUCUGUUACCGCACCUUUCAUUUUGAAAAGAGCGUCGACGCUCUUAUCUCGUGCUCUUUGAUUCCAUCGAAUCAAAGGCCUCGUAAGGGAAAUGCUUCUGUAAGAAAAGAACCCAUUGAACACCGGAUCAAAAUGCAGUUUACUGUGCCGGAUGAUGAUAGAUGAGAAAACUGCGAGUGCACUCGACAAGGUUUGCUCACUCACUUCAGCACGCCUUUGCACAUGGAAGCAGAUGAGAACUGUGAGUCCCCAGUGAUAUUAAAAUUGUCAAAAUGCUUCCUUCAUUAAUUUUUGAUUCGUUUCUGCUCAGUGAGUCAGGGUUGAAGUAGUCUCUCUCUUUCUCUCUCUCUCUCUUUCUCUCUCGUAAAAUCUGGCACAUUCACAGCAAAGCUGAUUGAAAUGCUGCAGGCAGUGGUCACAUCAAAUCAAAAAGCGCUGCUUUGCAGCAACUACAGGAGAGUCUGUGUGCUUGGGGCUCAGUUAUUUACUUUCAUUCUUUUGUGCCCGCAGAUCAUGAGAAUGGAUUAAAUCAAUGGAAUCAUAAAAUAGUCUCAUCUACGGUGGUUCCCAUGCUCAAGAGGGACACAAACAGGAGCAGCCGGCUGUGUAGGAAGUAACGUUGGGAGCAGCCCAAGCUUGGCUGGCUCUGCUUUAUCGUUUGCGUGUGCUAAUGCGUCCAGUGCGUUUGUUGACGAGUUAAAAGUGCACUCCGUGUGCCUCAGCAUCAAAGCGUGAUAGUGGGAGUACAGCCUUGCUGCAGGGCUGUUUCCUAGAAUAUGUCAAGCUUUUGCAUGCUACAGAAACCACAUAACCUCGUGAAUCACUGGAGCUCAAAAAUAGGGCUACCAAGUCAUUUUUUUCUACGUCAAGAAUAAAUCUGCUAUAUAAACACACCAGAUAUAUAUCCAUAUGAGGCAUGUUAGAGCACUGCAUGCAGAUAAAUGAGUUUCUUGAGAUUUUAUGGCAAACCUCACUUCCUUCCUUCCACCUUUGAAACCUGCUUGAUAACACCCAUGGGAGUAUCUGGUCUGAUUUGGCGCCCCCCUUGUACUUUUUACAGCUGCAAGCAAAAAUAAGAAACACAGGAAUUUUUGCUUUGGUGACCAUGCUUCUUCUAAAUCAUGUAGCCAACUGCAGCACUUACAAGCAUGACAUAACAGUUUGCUAUGUGGAUGUUUCAAUCGUUCGUUUGAAUCAGAACUUUCCCACUGUGGCUUUGUUGUAUACGCAGUGUAAUAUUUACAGUGUAAAGUAUGUCCUAAUGUCGCUUUGAAGUGAGGCAUUUUGCACUAUGUAAGUUGUGCCACUUCACUGUAGCUCAAAGUGAUGUUACUUGCUGUGUCAUUCUUCGUAACGGCGGUGAUCACACCAUCAGCACUUUGUUCAUUGUCAUACAAUAAAAGAGACAGAUAUAUUGUA